AUGCACGCCCACCGCCUGCUGUUGCUUCUCCUGCACGCCUGGUGGGCUCUGCUCCAGGUGGGCGCCGAGACGGUGGCCACGCUGCCGCUGCGUAACCUGGGGCAGCCUUCCUCACCGUCCCCUCUCGCGUACAUGCUGAGGCUCUACCUUGACCCACUGUUCCGGGCUGACUUCAUCCGCAGCCUGCAGGCACAAGAUGUGGAGGUGGAAGGGCAGAAAUGGACCUUUGCAUUUGACUUCUCCUUCCUGAGCCAGGAAGAGGACCUGGAGUGGGCUGAGCUCCGGCUGCAGCUGUCUAGCCCUGUGGACCAUCCCACUGAGGCCCCGCUCUCCAUCGAGAUUUUCCACCAGCCAAAGCUGGACACGGAGCAGGACCCAGCUGGCUGCCGGGAGCGUCUUCAGAUGGACCUGUUCACUAUCACUCCGUCCCAGAUCACCUUCUCCCCAGGCAGCAUGGUCCUGGAGGUGACCAGGCCACUCUCCAAGUGGCUGAAGCACCCCAGGGAGCUGGAGGAGCAGAUGUCCAGGCAGGCCGGAGAGUGUUGGCAGCGGCCCCCCAAAUCACCCAUCACUCAAGUGCUGCUCAUGCUCUACUCCAACCUCUCCCAGGAGCAGAGGCUACUCGGUGGCUCCACGUUGCUGUGGGAGGCUGAGAGCUCCUGGCGGGCCCAGGAAGGACAGCUGUCCCAUGAGAGGGGCAGGCGGCACCGUCGACAUCACUUGCCAGACAGAAGCCAACUAUGUCGGAAGGUCAAAUUCCAGGUGGACUUCAACCAGAUUGGAUGGGGCUCUUGGAUCAUCUACCCCAAGCAGUACAAUGCCUAUCGCUGUGAGGGCGAGUGUCCCAACCCUGUUGGGGAGGAGUUUCAUCCGACCAACCAUGCAUACAUCCAGAGUCUGCUGAAACAUUACCAGCCCCACCGAGUCCCUUCCACCUGCUGUGUCCCCGUGAAGACUAAGCCAUUGAGUAUGCUCUACGUGGAAAAUGGCAGAGUCCUCCUAGAUCAUCAUAAAGACAUGAUAGUGGAAGAAUGUGGAUGCCUUUGA